UCGUACAAUACCCAUUUUCAAUAGCUCAAUAACUUCCAUGGAUGAACUAAUCAUACCCGGUUUACCUGAAGAACUAGGUCUCGAGUGUUUGGCUCGUCUUCACUACAAAACCAGACCCAUCGCAUCACGAGCCUGCCGUAGAUGGCUCGACCUACUCGAAAGUCAUCAAUUUUACUGCCUAAGGAAACAACUUGGAUACACCAAUCAAAUCGCAUGUCUUCUCCAAUCUCUUCCCCCACCGCCGCCGGAAGAAGAAUCCCGGAAACCCACCAGCUCUGUUUCUCCGGCCAGUUGUGAACUCACCAUGUUUGAUCCGGUUAGUCGUGAAUGGGACCGACUUCCCCCUGUCCCUAAAUACACGAACGGGCUUCCUCUGUUUUGUCAAAUCGCUAGUUCGGAAGGGAAACUCGUAUUGAUGGGAGGAUGGGACCCGGUUAGUUUCGAAUCGUUGAGUUCUGUUUUUGUUUACGAUUUUUCCACGAACCGAUGGAGACAAGGGAAGGACAUGCCUUCUAGGAGGUCAUUCUUCGCAAUUGCGGCCAAGGGUUGUCGCGUUUUCAUCGCCGGGGGACACGACUCGAGCAAGAAGGCGUUGGACACGGCUUGGGCUUAUGAUGUUAUGAAGGACGAGUGGACCGAGUUGACUCGGAUGAGUCAGGAACGAGAUGAGUGUGAAGGAAUCGUAAUUGGGGACGAGUUUUGGGUUAUAAGCGGGUACAAAACAGAGUUUCAAGGGGCGUUUGAAGGUAGUGUCGAGUUAUACAAUAUUGGAACGGGAGAAUGGAGACGAGUUGAAAGCGGUUGGAAACAGGGUGAGUGGCCUAGGUCGACUUGCCCGCGAUUGGGAAAAGAUGGGAAGCUCGCGAGUUGGACUGAGUUGGACUCGGCGGUGAGUGGAACGGCUUGUGGGGUGAUAUUGGGUGAGAAAAGUUUAGUAAUGGGCUCGGCUCAUCAAGGGGCGCCAUUAGGGUUCUUCAUGGUAUCGGAACAAGAUGGGAAAUUGGAAAGGAUGAAUGUGCCUUAUGAGUUUUCGGGGUUUGUUCAAUCAAGUUGUUGUGUAGAUGUUUAAGAUUCAAAAUAAGACUGUUUUUUUGGUCACAUGUAUCUUGUUUAA